GUACAUCAAAGAAAUGGUUGGAGGCAGUACAAGCUUCAGCAUGCUAUACGAGGCUAUCCUGCAUGUGCUGACCUGUGGGAGGCUCUAGGUCUGUCAUAUCAACGUCUGGGCAUGUUUACAGCAGCGAUAAAGUCAUAUGGUCGGGCGAUUGAAUUGGAGGACUCAAAAGUAUUUUCACUGAUUGAAAGUGGGAACAUUCUUCUAAUGCUAGGAUCUUUCCGGAAAGGAAUCGAGCAGUUUCGUAGUGCUUUGAAAAUAGCCCCGCAGAAUGCAUCUGCACACUUUGGACUUGCAUCAGGUCUUCUUGGAUUGUCAAAAGAAUGUGCAAGUUCUGGAGCAUUUGGUUGGGGAGCUUCUCUCUUGGAGGAAGCAUCAGAGGUUGUGAAAGCUGGAACACAUCUAUGUGGAAAUGUUUAUUCUGCUUGGAAGUUGCAUGGGGACAUCCAGAGUGCAUAUGCAAAAUGCUUUCCAUGGGAUGAUAAAAGGACCUGUGAUGAAAUUAAUGAGGGUAGUUUCAAGAUUUCCAUCAAUAACUGGAAGAAGACAUGCCUUUUCGCUGCAAAUGAUGCUAAGCGCUCAUAUCAGCGAGCUUUACACUUGGCACCGUGGCAUGCAAACAUCUAUACCGAUGUUGCUAUCACCUUGGAUCUUAUAGAUUCUUCAGAGGAGAAAGAGACGCCAGAAACUGAUGUUUGGCAGAUACCAGAGAGGAUGUCCAUGGGAAGCUUACUGCUUGAAGGAGUGAACUGUGAGUCAUGGGUCAUAUUGAGUUGCUUGUCCAAAGAUCCUGCAUUGAAACAACAUGCUUUGAUUAGGGGCUUGCAGCUGGAUGCAUCUCUAUCUAUCGCAUGGGCAUAUCUUGGCAAGAUGUACAGAAAUUUAGGUGAAAGGCAGUUGGCUGGGCAAGCAUUUGAUCGUGCUAGAAGCAUAGAUCCCUCACUAGCAUUACCUUGGGCCGGAAUGUCAGCAGAUUUUCAUGAAGGGACAUUGUCAACAAGUGAGGCCUAUGAAAGCUGCCUGAGGGCCGCACAGAUACUUCCUGUGGCUGAAUUCCAAAUGGGCCUCGGAAAGCUGGCUGUUCUUUCUGGUCACCUACUAUCUCCACAGGUAUUUGGAGCCAUAAGACAGGCUGUUCAGCGUGCACCUUGUUGUCCAGAGUCGCAUAAUCUAAAUGGUCUGGUAUGUGAGGCACGUUCAGAUUAUCAGUCUGCAAUAGCUGCGUAUCGGCUGGCACAAUGUGCUUUAAAAAUUGGUUGCUACUCCAAGGACGUUCUCAGGUGUCAUCAAGCAGAUGUUUCAAUCAAUCUUGCCAGAGCACUUUGCCAGGCAGAUUAUGCAAUGGACGCUGCACGUGAGUGUGAGCAUUUGGAGAAAGAUGAUCUGCUUGAUAGCAGUGCCUUGCAAAUAUAUGCUGUUGCAUUGUGGAAACUUGGAAAUAGAGACUUGGCUUUCACUUUGGCAAAAAAAAUGGCCAAGAUUGUGUCCACCAUGAAGCCGAGAUGUGCAGUUGCUGCUCUAGGAUUGGUAUGCUCAUUAGUAUACUGUAUUUCAGGACUGAAUCCUUCAGCAACAUUUCUUCAAAAGAUUCCGACAGAAUUUUUACAUAGCACAAAAAUGAGUUUCAUAGUUGCCACGAUCAAUGCUUUGGAUCAAAGCAGUCGGCUUGAAAUGCUUCUCCAAAGUAGUCUUCAAACUUUUGCUUCUCACGAGUCUGUCGCUGAAUUACAUUCCAUAAUUUGUAUGAGUAAAAUUCAGAUGGGUCAUGGAUCAGAACAAAACCUUGAAAUUCACAGGGGAGUAGACUACCUGAAGAAAGUCCUUCACAUGUAUCCUGACAGCAACUUAAUAAGAAACUACCUCAGUUCUCUUUUAUUGUCUACUGGAGAUUGGAUGGCUUCUCACAAAGCAACUGAAUGCACUGUUAUACCCUCUGGUUACCCUGUAAAGACGGGUUUAAAAUCACCAUUCGAGAUUAAUGGGAUUGCAGGAGUUGCUUGCUAUUCUAGUUGUGUCACCAGUCCAAAGUUGUCAUUUCCAACUUGCAAAGAUCAGCUUAUGUUUGGUUCUUUACGAGUGCAUCAGUUGCAGAAAUGGUUGCAUCAGGAACCAUGGAGUGGUGAAGCGCAUUACCUACUUCUAUUAAAUGUUCUACAGAAGGCCCGUGAAGAGAAGUUUCCUCAAAACUUAUGUGUUACUUUAAAGCGUUUGGUGUCUGUUGCUAUUUCCAGAGACACAUGUAAUGAUAAUGACCUAUGCAAACACUUAAAGUUUCUUACUCUACUAAGUGCUUCAGAACUAAGUUUGCAAUGUGGAGACUAUCUUGGUUGCGGGAGCCUUGCUGAUAAUGCAUUAGAAGUUCUACCUCCUCACGGUGAUCCUUUCUUUGCUCACUUGCAACUCUGUCGUGCCUAUGUAGCUCAAGGGGAUAUGGAAAAAGUUAAGGAUGAGUAUUUGAAUUGCUUGCGUGUUAAGACAGCUCAUCCGAUUGGUUGGAUUAUCCUAAAAUAUUUUGAAUCUAAGUUCAAGCUGCAGAAAGAUUCUAACAUGAUUGAUAUUAAUUUUCGAAGUAAUUUAUAUGGAAGUCAAUGCUCCCGGAAUAUGUGGACAGCUAUCUUCAAUUUGGUUUCUGGCCAGUCCUAUAUAUGGGAUCAGGACUUUCAUAGUGCGGAAAAAGCUUUAGCGCUUGCGUGUUCGUUCAGAGAUGUGGACAGUUGCCUUUUACUCUGUCAUGGUGCAAUUUGUAUGGAGCUUGCUAGGCAGCGGGCAGGUUCUGAGUUUUUACAGCAUGCGGUAACCAGCCUUAAAAAGGCUCAGGAGACUUCACCUUUUCCUUUGCCUAUUGUUUCGGCAUUAUUGGCUCAAGCAGAGGCAAGCUUAGGUGCAAGAGCCAAGUGGGAGAAGAACCUCCGUUUUGAAUGGUUCUCUUGGCCGCCUGAAAUGAGGCCUGCUGAACUGUAUUUCCAAAUGCACUUGCUUUCCAAUUCUGGGCCUAAGCAACAGCACAACAUAGAACUAUCUCAGAGCCCUCGGACAUGGAUUCUUAGGGCCAUUCAUUUGAAUCCGUCAUGUUCAAGGUACUGGAAGGUCUUAGAGAAGAUUGAAUCCUAAGCAGGCUCACUGAUGAAACGAGCUGACUUUGACCUGCAUACUUACCCUAUUGACUGCAAUUGUUUCUACAGUUUUUAGAUUUAUAUCAGACUAUCACCCGAGCUUGUUUGGACACUCGUUCAAGGUGUAACAGAAUGAAGGUGUUCUCUAGUGUCUUUCUUGUAGUAGAUUCGGUGUGUUCUUAUAGAAUAUGUAGCUGUACACUAAUCUGAUUGAGACCAUCGUUCAAUUCAAAACUGUUUAAGAUUUUAAUCGGCAGGAGUCUGAAUCAAUGUUUUUUUUUU